AUGACCCUGGGCACAUACAGGAAGUCGGGGAACAUACGGUUCAUGCAGGAAACACCGUUCUGCCUCAGCAUUGGACACAUUCUCCCCUACACCAUGUCAGAUUCCAAUUCAACCGACUUCACAAACCCCACCACCUUUAUCCUACUGGGCAUUCCUGGCCUGGAGGCAGCCCAUGUCUGGAUCUCCAUCCCCUUCUGCACCAUGUACGCCAUAACCAUCUUGGGGAACUUCACCAUCCUGUUCAUGGUAAAGACGGAGCUGAGCCUCCAUGAACCCAUGUAUUAUUUCCUCUGCAUGCUGGCUGUCACUGACCUGGUCCUGUCUACAUCCAUCCUACCCAAAAUCCUGAGCAUCUUCUGGUUCUAUUCCAGAGAGAUCAAUUUCAGUGCCUGCCUCACCCAGAUGUACUUCAUUCUCAACUUCUUGUUUAUACAGUCUGGGAUCCUUGUGGCUAUGGCUUUUGAUAGCUAUGUGGCCAUCUGCAAUCCCCUGAGACAUUCCAUUAUCCUGACAAAGACUGUAGUUACCAAAGUUUCCCUGGCCGUGGUGCUGCGUGGCAUGAUGCUCAUACUGCCCCAUCCCUUCCUGGCGAGGAGGUGGCCAUAUUGCAGAACCAACAUCAUCCCCCACUCCUACUGUGAUCAGAUUGCUGUGGUGAAGCUGGCCUGCACCAACAUCAGCGUCAGUAGUUACUACAGCCUCUCUGUGGCACUCUUGGAGAUUGGUAUGGAUGUGUUUUUUACCACCAUAUCCUAUACCCAGACCCUCAGGGCCAUCUUCAGACUCCCAGUAAAGGACGUCCAGCUGAAGACUUUUGGGACCUGCGGCUCCCACCUCUGUGUCAUCUUAGCCUUUUACAUCCCACAUCUCUUCGCUGCCCUCACGCAACGGUUUGGGCACGUGGCCCUGCAUUUGCGCGUUCUCAUGGCAAACAUGUACCUCCUGGUGCCCUGUCAUAAAUAG